AUGAUUCAUCUAUGUUUAGCUUUCUCCGCUGGUGAUAUUCUCAUCUUUACAAUGCGUACAAUUCAUAUGUCCUCCGUAAAUUUAACUAAUAAACUGCGUCUCUCAUGUGAUACUCGCUGGCAACCAUCAGAUCAUCCAGCAGAUCCUCGAUUUAUUCGACUCGUGAAAAACAAUUUAGUUGGGCAUGGAGAUACUAAAUUUGGUCUUUAUGCUAAGACUUCGAAGAAGGUUGACGAUGACAAAACAACUAUGGAACAAUGGCGAAAAAUAUGGGGAUUUCCGAUAAGAAUAGAAGAAUGA